AUGACACAACAACGUCAGCAAUUCCCUGGUUUGAAUGGGGAUCGUGUCAUUUGUGUUGAAGCCAUUGCCAGCCCCAUCAACUAUUCGCAUCAGCGAUCAAUCUCAGCCAUGGGAGAAUCAAUAAGUCAAUCAGUAGGACCGGCGACAUCAGCUACACCGGCAUUAGCAACAUCACCGUCCGCAUCACCAUCACCCAAAACAUCGAUAAUAUGGCGGUGUCCGGUGGCGGUGAAUAUCGCUAGGGGGAAUGAGGGAGAAUAA